UUAGUGUUGUGGUGACAGGCUGCGUGUUUGUUUACAGUGAUCAGCUGGUGGUCUUGGGCGGACGGGAAGUUACCUUUUCUUCAUGUCUCCACAAUGGAUAUUAAGGAAAAGUUCAUGUCCUUCAUCGACAAGCAGAUAUCGCUCAAUAAGACACCCUCCUCGACUGUCCUGGGCGGGGAGUUUGUAACCUCGGAUGACUUUGAGGGGCGUAUGGCAGUGACGGCCCAGCUGCACAGGAAGACCAGCGUCCUCAAGGAGCAGAUUCUCACCCCAGAGGCGGAGCAGGCGGUGAUUGAUGGCAUCGAGCAGAUCUACUUCGAGGCCGGGGACGUGGACAUCAGUGAGCAUGAGCUGAAGAAGUUCCCAGACACCAUAGACGUGAAUGUGAUCAAUGGCUUGCGCUCCCGUCUCAGGAAGCAGCAGAACAUUGUAUCGCGGCGUGUGUCCGACCUCAUCAUGCAGAAGCAAGGCUUGUGCAGCGCAGAGAUGGAGCAGGUGAUGGAACUGCAGCGGGAGGUGAUCCGCAUGGUGGGGCUGUGUGUGGAGGGUCGCAGGAAGCUGGCGCAGGGCCGCAGCCAGUUCACCUCGGCUAGUCUGGGCAUUCUGGCCAAUUACAGCAAGAGGCAGAAGGUGGCCAGCGUUAUCCGGUCACUGAGGAUGAUUCGCACUCUACAGAUGACAGACGAGCAGCUUCAGACGUUGCUCCGAGCGGAAGACUACCCGGGUGCCAUCCAGCUGCUCCUUGAGUGCCAGAAAGCGGCAGCAACCUUCAAGCACUUCACCUGCAUAUCCGAGCUGAGCACCAAGCUGCAGGACACACUGGAGGUGGCUGAGGAGCAGCUGGACCAAGCGCUGGCCAGGGUGGCGGCUAACUUCAACGUCCGGAGUUAUGAGAAGCUGCAGACAGCUUACGGCUUGCUGGGGAAGACGCAGACCCUGAUGGACCAGCUGCAUAUGCACCUCACCUCUCACAUCCACAACUCAGCUUUCACCAUUGUGCUGGGGUACGUCGAGCUCUACAACAGUGCCGCAGCGGGAGGCAUUGGGGGCGUGACUGGCACCCCCUCCUCCUCCACCUCCUCCUCUUCCUCCUCCAAGCUACAGUACUCAGAGUUAUGCAAGUACAUAAAUGAGGAGAGCUUUCUGCCAUGCCUCCUAGAUCUCAGUAAGUGCAUGUGGAAUGUCCUGAGGAGUUACAGGAACAUAAUAACUUGGCAUGAGAACAAUAAGCAGGCAACCAGUGAUGAUGCAGCAGCCUCGAGUAACAACGGUAGCAACGAAGGGGUUGUGUCAGAGCAGUACAUCAAGCAGAAACUGGAACAUGGCCUCUACAGGAUAUGGCAGGAUGUGCAGGCCAAAGUGCGCACCUUCACCCUUGCCUCGGACCUCGCACACUUUAAGUUCGAUGACUUCCUGCGCAUCCUAGACGUGAUGAACAAGUUGAUUGAGGUUGGUGAGUGCUUCUGUGGCAGUAAGUCAGAAACCCUGCGUGAGUCCAUCAAGCAGCAAUCCAUCAACUACUUCAGGAACCAUCAUCGGGCACGCAUGGAGGAGCUGCGCAUGUUUUUAGAGAAUGAGGGGUGGGAGGCAUGUCCUGUGAAGUCCACCUUUACCAUCCACCAACUGAUGGAGUACAGGUUCCUCAAAGGGAGGGACACCAGCCUUACCCGCAUCACCUCCCCCACUGCUUCUCCCACCAAGGCACAAGGUGGUGUUGAGAAGGGUGACGUGUUUGACAAGUAUGGCCAGGAGGGGUCGCCCUUUGACCUGGUGACAGAAGAGGCAGUGGAGGAGGACAUCAUGGCAAAUGGGGAAGCUGGCAGCCUGACAGAUGACGACGACGAGAGUGAUGAGGAUAUGCCAAUAGAACUCAAGCGAGACUAUGUGGACGAGCACAUUGGUGACACGCCCCCAGCACGGCCGCCCCAUGCUAGCCGACGCCUCAGCCACUCUAAGGCUCCCAUUGUUACCAACACAACCCUCACCAUCCUGCGGCUCAUCGGCAAGUACAUACAGAUGAUGCGUCUCCUGCAACCCAUUGCUUUCGAUGUGAUGGUGUGCCUCAGUCACCUCUUUGACUACUAUCUCUACACUGUCUUCACCUUCUUUGGUGCCAGGGGUGAGCUGGAGCAGAGUCUGAGUCGAAGGCUGCGUGCUUCCCUAAAGAGGAUCCAAGACACCCUCAUCCUUAUCCCUGAUGCUUCGCCAGAGGAACCAGUCGAUCAAGACAAGGUGAUGUGUCCGUCCCUGUCUCCGGUGGUGGACAUCACUUCCUCGGAGAGUAUAUGUGGCCUGUCAGUGCGGGUGGUGGCUGUGGAGAGCCUGGCCUUCCUGGCAGCCCAGCUUGAGGCGCUGCACUGUCACAUUGAGCCACUCAUCCCACAGCAGCGCAGAACAUUCCUGCAGCAGUUCUACACAGGCACCAUCAAGAUUACUCCUGAGAUAAGGCACCAUGUCUACACUGCUGUGGCUGCUCAGGCAAUAGACUACGAUGGAGUGCUGAGCCGUAUGACUAAUGUCAAAUGGGACAUCAGUGACCUCAUGAGUCAGCACAGCCAGUAUGUGGACAUCCUCCUGAGGCAGCUGCAGGUUUUAAGCAUGCGUUUGGAGGAGGCAAGCCAGACGUCUCCUAUUCCUGAGGAGGCGUACACAGCCCUAUGGGAAUCCAUUGUGCGCAUCACUAACCGCACGUUGCUGGAGGGGUUUGCCAGUGCCCGCCGCUGCACCAACGAAGGCCGCUCUCUCAUGCAGCUGGACUACCAGCAAUUCCUGAUGAAGCUGGAGUGCCUCACCUCAGUGCGGCCUCUACCAGACCGCCACCUGGUGGAGACGUACAUCAAAGCUUACUACCUGCCAGAGGGGGCGCUGGAGGCCUGGGUGCAGCAGAGCCAGGCAGACUAUUCCCCCCGCCAACUGACUGCCCUGGUGGCUACCAUGACACAUGUCAGCAAGCGUUCCAGACAGAGGAUUGCUGCCCUCAUAGAGGAGGGCGGCAAGAAGUCCUAGGAGUAGGUUCUCAUGUGGGACUGUGGGUUAGUGGAAGGCUAUGAUGGCAAAUGCUGCUGCUGCUGCUGCUGCUGUUUUCAAUUUUGUAAGGAGGGAAAGAAUGUUGAUCUCUGUACAGGUUGUCCCAUAUUCCUACACAAACUUCAGGACAUUUAGUUGUGCAGGUUGGUGAGCUGCUGCCAAGUAACAAAUUUUGAUCCAUAUGAACAAAUGUUGAAUCUGCUUUUUAAAAUUACAGUAAUGAAGAUAGUCUAAUUUUUAUUGCUAAGAGGGGCAAUGGUUCAUGUUACUGAAAGAUAUGUAACAAUCCAGUUUGCUCCUUCAACAUUAGAAAUUCCUUUGAAAUAAGUUGACUGUACUUCAGAUUUUUCUUUCAUGAAUGGAGGUCCCUUUGCUUUAAAAUCAAAGUGUUCAGUCCAUGCUAAGAUGAUGAUUUAUGAAGUAUCCUAGUACUAAAGAAAGGAAAUAAUGAAUUUAACACUGCAUUUUAAUCUAAUACAGCAUUUAUUUCAGCAUAUUAUGUUUGUUGUAAGGGAAAUGUGCUGUGCAUAAACCUUUGAGACAGUGCUCUCAUUACUCAUUGUAGCAUGAAAUAUAACAAUCAAAUUGUUCACCACACAAAUAGACACACAAUGAUAAAAGACAUACUGUAGUGCAUUAGGAUAUAUUUUAUGGUUUUCAUCCAUAUGUAUAUUAUAAUUAACUUAAAUAUGACAAUUUGAAAACUAGUGAUGGAAAGUAGAAAUGGAAAGUUAUGUUGAUGAACAGGUGGUAAACAAAGAGAGGCAAGUACACAGAGGUAGCGGUGCCUCCUUUGUGGAUGGAUGGUGAAGACUUGUCACUAAGGAUGAAUGGUGCAGCUGCUAUAAUUGACAGGUGGCAGCAAGUCCCCUUGUGACAGGUGACCAUCAGUACAACACUGACUGCUGCUGCACACUGCUCCAAGCACAGCUUCUCUCAUAUCCGAGCCUGAAACUGUAGUGGUUAGUGCUUAUCCUUAAGAACGCUGUGCUGGGCUGUGACCAGUAUGUGGAUUGAACUUAGUAAGUGUAGUGUUGUGAGGAGAAGGUGGAUCACUGAGCCUGUCUUUCCUGAGAUUGGCUCUUAGGAAAAUUCUUGUGAUUCUGUGAUUUCAAGAAUGUACAGUUUUUGAAUUUUAAGUUGUCACCUGCCUUAUAAAUAGUGCUUACCUCACCACGUGUGUGUGUGUGUGUGUGUGUGUGUGUGUGUGUGUGUGUGUGUGUGUGUGUGUGCACAGGUUUAUGAAUGUGUGGGUGCAGGAAAAGGGUUUAAUAUGAACAGAUGUUUAUAUUAUUACAUCUAUCGAGUGUAAAAAAAACUUGUUACUUUUCAGUUUUAGAAUUGAGUGAUGUGUGGGGCAACCUUGCCUGCCUAAUGCUGAAUCUCUGUAACAUAAUGAUCAAAUAGAACUAUUGGCUGGGAAGUUCUUAGCUUUAAGAGUUCCUUUAAAAGUGAACAAAUGUAUCUAAUGAAACUCAUCUCCUUGGUAGUAGUGCAAUGUAUUAUACAGUGUUACAACAUAAGAGAAAUUUUAAAUAAGUCAUGAGGGAAAUUAAGCUUUCCUGCUGUACAGUAUAAUUUAAUAUAUAACUGAAGUUAUCAUUAUUAUGAAUUUGUUGCUGAAUAAACAUCUUUUUAAUGAA